CAUCAUUUAGAAGAACAAGAUGGCGGACGCAGUCGUCAACGAAACUCUGGCAAAUAUAACAGCGGCCGCUAAUGAAACGGCUAAAAAUGCCACGGGUAGAGCUGCUGCUACCCCCGAAGGACUAUUCACUGCUUAUUGUGGUUUGAUCAUUAUGGCUCUUUUACCGAUAUUUUUCGGUUCUUUUCGGUCUGUAAAAGCUGUCAUUCAACAGAAGGAAUCGGGUGAAAAACCUGAGAGCAUGACUCCUAAGGAUGCAGCUAUGUUUCCAAUCAUCGCCAGUUGUACUUUACUGGGACUGUACAUCUUCUUUAAAAUUUUCAGUAAAGAGUAUGUCAACCUUCUUCUUACUCUCUACUUCUUUGUCUUGGGUGUUUUGGCUUUGACCCAUCUCAUCAGGCCAACUAUUGAGCUGUUGUUGCCAUCUUUCUUCCCAAAUCAAGUGUACACAUUUGAUUUGACAGAAGGCAAAGGAGAAGAAAAGAAGGUGGUUUUCCCUAUGGAUGUUCUAGAGAAGGGAUUAUCUGCCUCUAAUUUUGCCAUGCUGGGUUUGGGCGAUAUUGUUAUUCCAGGGAUCUUCAUUGCUCUUCUACUUCGUUUUGAUCACAGCAGAAAGGGCAGCAAGAAUGUCAUAUAUUUCUAUGCCACAUUCAUUGCAUACUUUGUCGGCCUGGUCACAACCGUGCUUGUCAUGCAUAAGUUCAAAGCAGCACAGCCAGCUCUGCUGUACUUGGUACCUGCCUGUGUUGGAACACCAGUUGCACUUGCUCUUGUCCGUGGUGAGAUCAAAGAGUUAUUCAAGUACGAGGACCAUCCUACAGAGGAGGAAAAAACAGAAACACCCAAGGAAACAGAAGUUCAGGAAGGUGCACAAAAUGGAGAAUCUAAAAAAUCCCAAUAAGAAAUGUGACUGAACCAAACCAUACCAGAAUAACUUAAAAGGAAAUGCUCAAAGUCGAACUUUUAUUUAACCUACCGGAUAAGAAAUACUGUAUGCUGUUAAAGAUAGUCAUUAUAUUUUUCAAAGUUUAUUUCCCCAGAGUUCUUAUAAUUUCUUUAUUUGUUGUUAGGGUAUAUUUAACAAUAAUUAUUCACUGUAGCAGAAGUCAUCAUUAGUGAAUGUUCACCAUGUUAACUAAACCUGAGGCAAAAAUGUUUUGAGCCUAAUUUUAGACUUCAGUAUCAAAGAAAAAAAAUAUUAUUACUUCUGCUUUUGGUGAUUUCACUUCAUGACCAGUCUCGACCAAUCGUAGAGUGCAAAACUCUAUAUUCAAGUCUAAAAUUACACUAAGUAAGAGUUAAUUACCGAGAACGGAGGCAAUUAAGUAUUUUAUUUAUCAAUUGAGAAGGUUUUCUAUCAAAUGUUGCUCAUUAUAAAUGCGAGGUCUAUAUAUAGUUAUUAACCAGGUUAAUAACUAACUAUAUAUUGACCUCGCAUUUAUGAUGAGGGUUAUAACAAAAAUAAWGCCUUGUGAAUAACAAAGAAAACCGUGUCAUUUGAGAAAUAAAUACUAGUUAUUAGUUAAAUACUACAAAAAAAAUGUUUCAUGGAUUGAAUUACUUUCUCAAGCUCAUUAAUAUUUUGCUUUGAAUUUCUCCAGGAACUAUCAAAGGCAUAUCAAACAUGAAACACUCUUUCAUCCUCUACCCAAAAACCUUAAAGUUGGUUUUUCUUUGGUUGGUAGCUUUUUCUUUUUCUUUACCCCACUUCUUAGGAUUUGGACAUCAGAUAAAACUUUAUCAUUAUUGAUAUUACUUGAAAUAUGUUAAAAAAUAUAUAGAUAAAAAUGCUCACAUACUUCAGAUUUCCUAAUCUUGACUAUUGGUUUUACAUAACUAGCUUCUUCUUGACACCAGGGCUGGGUUGUUCAAAGCUGGAUUAGCGCUAAUCCAGGAUUAACUCUAUAGGUCUUAUUCAGAGUUAACCAAGGAUUAGCACUAAUCGGGCUUUGAACAACUGGGCCCAGGAUAUUAACAGUAGUGUUGGGUGUUGGCUGGUGUUAAGGGUUCACACCACCAAGGACACACCCUGGGACGUGUGAGUUGGGUUCAUUUUGGACUCUUUGCAGCCUCCACAACUCAAGCCAUCGUAUUUAAUUUGGUGGACAGAAAUCAAAAUGAGCUAGAAACAGUGAUUUAGAGAAAGAAGUUAUGUACUUUCCGGCCAUGUUGGAGGGCAACUUAAAACCAUACUUUUUUACAUACCCAAGACAAACUAUUGGCCUAUAAAAACGUACAGGAUUUAAAUUCUAUUAAAUUUUACCUUGUCAUCCAACAUGGCGGACGACUUGAUCUGUUUUCUCGCUUUCAUACCAAUGUUUCUGAAUAUAAUGAGUGUUGUAAAGUAGAAAUAAACUGAUGAACUCAUGACUUA